AGACGCCGUCGUUUCAAAAAGCAAAAAUCUUCCUCGAUCUGAGAUUCCGAGUUCGGCUACAAUCACACCUAGAGCGAACAAAGGCACGCAGAGAGACCGACAAAACACAUGGCUCCCUCAUCGUCCUUUUCAUCGUCGAAGGGCAUAGUGAUAACGAUGCCAGUGCUCGUACUGGCCGCCUCCGUGGCCGCUAUAUUCUUGUUCUUUCUCUUGUCGUCUCUCUCUACCUGUAAUUGCCCUACGGGGGUGCCCAGUGCCGGCGGCGGUGUCCCCGUUUCCGGCGGCGGUCGCGAUGGUGGUGGUCGUGUUGCGGUGUCCACGACGAAGGAGGAUGUGGAGUGGGUCAAGGACCAGAUCCUAAGUAACGGCCUCCAUAUGCAAGACAAUGUCCUCCGCAAGGGCAUCAACCCCCGAACUAGAGCCCAGCAGCUCCAAGAUCUCUUACAGUUCAAAGGUAUAUCACAUUAUGAAGGACCUGAGGCAAACAACCACACUGGCCUCCCCUGCCCUGGAGAGCUUCUUGUUGAAGAGCACCACAGCAACUAUGGUGAACCCUGGGCAGGAGGGCGAGAUGUAUUUGAGUUCCUCGCUCAAUCCACCCACCUCACACCUGACUCACGGGUUCUUGAAAUUGGCUGUGGCACCCUCCGAGUUGGCCAGCAUUUCAUUCGCUAUCUCAAUUCUGAGCAUUACAAUUGUCUUGAAAGAGACGAGCUCUCUCUGAUGGCUGCAUUUAGAUACGAGCUUCCUUCACAAGGGCUCCUAUACAAGCGCCCUUUAAUUGUGAAAGGCGAGGAUAUGGAUUUAACUAGAUUUUCAGGAGUUGUGUAUGAUUUGAUCUAUGCUAGUGCUGUCUUUCUUCAUAUGCCUGAUAACCUUGUAUGGACUGGAUUGGAACGCUUAGCUAGGCAACUGAAACCUUAUGAUGGGCGAAUUUUUGUGUCCCACAACAUAAAGUUCUGUUCCCGUCUGGGAGGAGACGAGUGUACGAAGCGGCUCACAACUAUGGGGCUCGAGUAUGUAGGGAAGCAUACACAUGAUAGCUUGCUUUUUAAUCACUACGAGAUCUGGUACGAGUUCAGGCGGUCAAAGGCAUAGGAGUUGGGACUUUAUGAAUUCAAUUUCUCUUGAAUGUUGUUGUUCUAGUUUGGGAGCAGAUUUCAAUGACUGGCCUCUAACUACUGCAACCGGAAAGUUCAAGGUCUAGUCUUCAACUUCCUGUUGAUAAAAUGUAUGAGGAAGAGCGAGGAGUAACAAAUCAAUGGGCUUCACCUUAGUAGUUCAUGAGCUAUGGUGCAAAAUUGUACCAGUUUUGUAUUUAAUUAAUUUUCCUUGCAUUCAGUCUGUUUUGUAUUUUGAAGUAGUCGAAGUAUUCAUUGCAAUUUGUAACUUAGGUGUGUGGAACUGUCAUGUAAUCUAAUGUCUGAAAAAUGUGUUGGUUUCUGUUC